ACAACAGGCUCGGCGCUCAGCAAUGAUGUCAGCUCCGGUUGCCUUGCUGAGUCGGAAGUGAGAACCUUUUGGUCGUUGUAGCUGUGAGGUGUCGUCGUCCCUGCCCUUUCAGGCUCCGGUACUUUUAUUUUCAUGUGUAAGCUCAAUGACUAAGUCUAACCUGGAUCUCCACCGAGGUUCUCAACAGCUGAUCUGUGGGCCCUCAUUUUUUCCUCCGCUCCCCUAGGGCUGGAUGGAGGAUACCUUAAAGUGAAAUGACAGACCAGGAGAAUAACAACAACAUCUCAAGUAACCCCUUUGCUGCUCUUUUUGGCUCCCUGGCUGAUGCCAAGCAGUUUGCAGCAAUCCAGAAAGAGCAGCUGAAGCAGCAGUCCGGUAGUGUAUUUGGUUCUGAGGAAGGAGCAUUGUGUAACAGCUUACAUGUUCCAGCAGAUGAGCUCCCAGCAAGCCCAGAUGACUCGGAUAAUAGUGUGUCAGAGAGCCUGGAUGAGUUCGACUACUCCGUGUCUGAGAUUAGCCGCUCCUUCCGGACACACCAAGAAAUGUGUGAGCAACUCAACAUCAAUCACAUGAUCCAGAGGAUCUUCCUCAUCACCCUGGACAACAGUGAGUUGCAGGCUUGCACCAGUGAUCCAAGCUUGAAAAGCGGGAAUGGCAUCCCCAGCCGUUGUGUGUACUUGGAAGAAAUGGCAGUAGAGCUGGAAGAUCAAGACUGGCUUGAUAUGAGCAAUGUUGAGCAGGCCAUCUUUGCUCGGUUAUUGCUUCAAGAUCCAGGAAACCACUUGAUCAGCAUGACUUCCUCCACAACUUUAAAUCUCUCUGCUGAUCGUGAUGCAGGAGAGAGGCACAUCUUCUGUUACCUUUACUCCUGCUUCCAGAGAGCCAAGGAAGAGAUUACCAAAGUUCCAGAAAACCUGCUCCCCUUUGCAGUGCAGUGCAGAAACCUCACUGUGUCCAACACUCGAACAGUUCUCCUCACCCCAGAGAUCUAUGUUGACCAAAACAUCCAUGAGCAACUGGUAGAUUUGAUGUUGGAAGCUAUUCAGGGAGCCCAUUUUGAAGAUGUAACUGAAUUUUUAGAAGAGGUCAUUGAAGCCUUGCUGUUGGAUGAGGAGGUUCGAACAUUUCCUGAAGUCAUGAUUCCAGUGUUUGAUAUUUUACUCAGCCGAAUAAAAGAUCUGGAACUCUGCCAGAUCCUCCUGUAUGCAUAUCUGGACAUUCUUGUCUAUUUCACUAGGCAGAAGGAUAUGGCCAAGGUGUUUUUAGAAUACAUUCAGCCCAAAGAUCCCAGCAAUGGGCAGAUGUAUCAGAAGACCUUGCUGGGAGUCAUCCUGAAUAUCUCGUGCUUGUUAAAGACUCCGGGUGUGGUAGAGAACCAUGGCUUCUUCCUGAAUCCAUCCCGUUCCAGUCCUCAGGAGAUCAAAGUACAGGAGGCCAACAUCCAUCAGUUCAUGGCUCAGUUCCAUGAAAAGAUCUACCAGAUGCUGAAGAACUUGCUCCAGCUCUCUCCAGAAACCAAGCACUGUAUCUUGUUCUGGCUUGGAAACUGUUUGCAUGCAAAUGCAGGCCGCACCAAGAUCUGGGCCAAUCAGAUGCCCGAAAUCUUCUUCCAAAUGUAUGCCUCGGAUGCCUUCUUUCUGAAUCUGGGUGCUGCCCUCCUGAAGCUGUGCCAGCCAUUCUGCAAGCCCAGAUCCUCCCGGCUCCUCACCUUUAACCCCACGUACUGUGUCCUCAAGGACUUGAAUGAUGAAGAACGAAAAAUUAAGAAUGUGCAUAUGAGAGGUUUGGACAAGGAGACCUGUCUGAUCCCAGCUGUGCAGGAGCCAAUGUUCCCCCAGAGCUACAACCUUGUGACGGAGAACCUGGCCCUGACAGAGUAUACCUUGUACUUGGGAUUUCACAGGUUGCAUGAUCAGAUGGUAAAAAUCAACCAAAAUCUGCAUCGGCUGCAGGUUGCCUGGCGGGAUGCUCAGCAGAGUUCUAGCCCUGCUGCUGACAAUCUCCGAGAGCAGUUCGAACGCCUGAUGACCAUCUAUCUCUCUACCAAGACUGCUAUGACUGAACCCCAGAUGCUGCAAAACUGCCUGAAUUUGCAGGUGUCCAUGGCUGUUCUGCUGGUUCAACUGGCCAUAGGCAAUGAGGGCUCCCAGCCAAUAGAGCUAAGUUUCCCUUUGCCAGAUGGCUACAGCUCUUUGGCUUAUGUGCCAGAAUUUUUUGCAGAUAACUUGGGUGAUUUCCUCAUUUUCCUCCGACGCUUUGCUGAGGACAUCUUGGAGACGUCAGCAGACUCCCUGGAGCAUGUCCUUCAUUUUAUCACCAUUUUCACUGGAAGCAUAGAAAGAAUGAAGAAUCCUCACCUGAGGGCCAAACUAGCAGAGGUGUUAGAAGCAGUGAUGCCUCACCUAGACCAGACCCCAAGCCCCUUGGUGUCCAGUGUGUUCCACCGGAAACGUGUGUUCUGCAACUUUCCAUACGCUCCCCAACUUGCAGAAGCUUUGAUCAAGGUUUUUGUGGACAUUGAAUUUACAGGGGACCCCCAUCAAUUUGAACAGAAGUUUAAUUACCGCCGCCCUAUGUAUCCCAUCCUAAGAUACAUGUGGGGGACAGAUUGCUAUCGGGAGAGCAUUAAGGAUUUGGCUGACUAUGCCUCUAAGAAUUUAGAAGCUAUGAAUCCCCCACUGUUCCUCCGAUUUCUUAACCUGUUAAUGAAUGAUGCUAUCUUCCUUUUGGAUGAAGCUAUACAGUAUUUGAGCAAGAUAAAGAUUCAGCAGAUUGAGAAAGACCGAGGAGAAUGGGAGAGUCUGACACCAGAAGCCCGCCGAGAGAAAGAGGCAGGUCUACAGAUGUUUGGGCAGCUGGCACGGUUCCAUAACAUCAUGUCCAAUGAAACAAUUGGUACCCUUUCCUUCCUGACAUCAGAGAUCAAGUCGCUGUUCGUGCAUCCGUUCCUGGCCGAGCGCAUCAUCUCCAUGCUCAACUACUUCCUGCAGCACCUGGUGGGCCCCAAGAUGGGUGCCCUCAAAGUCAAGGACUUCAGUGAAUUUGACUUCAAACCUCAGCAGCUCGUAUCAGACAUCUGCACUAUCUACUUAAAUCUUGGGGAUGAGGAGAACUUCUGUGCCACUGUGCCCAAAGACGGACGUUCCUAUUCUCCGACUCUCUUUGCACAGACAGUCCGAGUCCUGAAGAAAAUCAAUAAGCCUGGGAAUAUGAUCGUGGCUUUCAGUAACUUGGCAGAGAGAAUCAAGUCUCUUGCAGACCUCCAACAACAAGAGGAGGAGACAUAUGCAGAUGCCUGUGAUGAGUUCCUGGAUCCCAUCAUGAGCACACUGAUGUCUGACCCUGUGGUGCUUCCAUCUUCCAGAGUCACUGUGGACAGAUCCACCAUUGCUAGGCAUUUACUCAGUGACCAAACAGAUCCUUUUAACCGUAGUCCCCUUACCAUGGACCAGAUCCGGCCCAACACAGAACUGAAAGAAAAAAUCCAACGGUGGCUCGCAGAAAGGAAGCAACAAAAGGAGCAGCCUGAAUAAAUACUGUGAACUGCACAUGCGUGCCCGGGCGUGAGCUGGUGCUUGUGCUCGCUCGCGCUCUCUCUCCCCCUCUCUCUCUCCCUCUUUCUCUCUCCCCCUCUCUCUCUCUCUCCCUCUCUCUCCCUCUC